CUGGCGUUUUGCAUUGGGUUGUUUCGAGUCAGCGUAGGUUGUACAAUGGCGUCGACAAGCCGUGGAGAUGGGUUGACUCUGCCCAGAGUUCAGUGUCCCAACCACCCUGAUGCCAUUUUGGUGGAGGACUACCGCGCAGGCGACAUGAUCUGCCCCGAGUGUGGCCUCGUAGUUGGUGAUCGAGUAAUUGAUGUCGGCUCAGAAUGGAGAACGUUUUCCAACGAGAAAGCCCUCAAAGAUCCGUCCCGAGUGGGCGAUGCCCAGAAUACACUGCUGAAUGGAGGAGACCUCACCACCAUGAUCAGCAAGGGAACAGGUGCUGCGAGUUUUGACGAGUUUGGCAACUCCAAGUACCAGAACCGUCGCACCAUGAGCAGUUCUGACCGAGCCAUGCUGAAUGCCUUCAAAGAAAUCACCACCAUGGCAGAUCGCAUCAACUUGCCCAGGAACAUCAUCGACAGAACCAACAACUUAUUUAAGCAAGUUUAUGAACAGAAGAGCCUGAAAGGGAGAGCAAAUGACGCCAUCGCAUCGGCUUGUCUCUACAUCGCCUGCAGACAGGAGGGUGUCCCCAGAACCUUUAAAGAGAUCUGUGCCGUGUCCCGCAUCUCCAAGAAGGAGAUAGGCAGGUGCUUCAAGCUGAUCCUCAAGGCUCUGGAGACCAGCGUGGACCUCAUCACCACCGGCGACUUCAUGUCCCGCUUCUGCUCCAACCUGGGCUUGCCAAAGCAAGUCCAGAUGGCCGCCACCUACAUCGCCAUGAAGGCCGUAGAGCUGGACCUGGUGCCCGGCCGGAGCCCCAUCUCCGUGGCCGCUGCAGCCAUCUACAUGGCGUCGCAGGCCUCCGCAGAGAAGAAAACACAGAAAGAAAUCGGCGACAUCGCCGGCGUGGCUGACGUCACAAUCCGACAGUCCUAUCGACUCAUCUACCCUCGUGCCGCCGAGCUCUUCCCUCCAGACUUCAAAUUUGACACGCCUGUGGACAAACUGCCCCAACUGUGAAAAGGCCUCUUCAACAGCGGCGCGGUUUUCUGCUCUACUUCACUUUGUCUUUUUGUUGGCUUUGGAAGGUUUUUGUUCCCGAAAGAUUCAAGCCUUGGCCGAGGCGAUGGACACACAUUCCAGUGAUCAUGACAGGACUGGCGCCUACGUGGCGUAAAUAUACGUACAGCACACGCUCACGUGGGGAAACUUAACUUGCUUGCAAUUUUAGGCUGCUUUCAUACAUAAAACUUCUUUUGUAGAAAAAUGAUCUGUUCUAUUUUGUUAGCUUGUUUGAACCGUGGAAGUAAUUUAAAAAUUAAAGCUUUUCAUUGGAAGAAUGAAAA